AUCAUCAUAUUCUACUCACGACACUUUCGUUGUUUAUUCUGUCGGUUUUCUGCUUUCGUGGUCGGAAAUAUUUUCUAGUUGUCUGCAUUCAUAUUUCAUACUAGUGUUUUCAAUACCGCUUUUUGCGAUGCCGGAAGAAGUACCUCAUUUUAUACCCCCAGAAAUACAAAAUAAUCCGUUCGGAUGGGGACCGUGCGAAAUGCCCGACCAGUUUAAAGACAUGCCAUAUCAGCCGUUCUCAAAAGGAGAUCGUAUUGGAAAAAUUUCUGACUGGACUGGUUUGUCACAGGACAAAAAAUAUUUGAACAAAUAUCAGUCUCAAUUUGGUGGUGGUACUCAGUAUGCAUACUAUCACGAAGAAGAUGAAAAUACAUUCCACUUGGUGGACACGACUCGUGUACAAAAACCGCCUUACCAGCGGGGUCGUCAUUUCCGUCAAGGCGGUCGUAUGAUGCGCGGUCAAGGCGGCCGUGGUGGUAUUUCACGUUUACCUGGUGGUUCCAAUCAAUUCCAAUCUCUUGGAAAAUUGAACAAACUUCAAAGAGAUCGAAAAAAUCCAAAUGCACGUAGAGGUUGGAAUAAUAAGCAAGGUGGUCGUUCCAAUAAAAAUAACAUGCAAAUGAAGAGUCGAGAUGCUUCAGUUACUGUAAGAGCUGAUUGGAAUACUAUUGAAGAGAUGGACUUUGUUAGAUUUUCAAAGUUAUCUUUGCCUACUGUUAAAGAUCCAGAAGAUCUUGUAUGUUGUGGAUCCUUGGAAUACUAUGAUAAAUCAUAUGACCGAAUAAAUGUUAAAAACGAAAAGCCAUUACAACGUGUUGAUAGACUUUUCCAUACUGUUACUACUACUGAUGAUCCAAUUAUAAGAAAAUUGGUGAAAACCGUGGGUAAUGUUUAUGCUACAGAUGCUAUAUUAGCAUGCUUAAUGUGUUGUACUCGAUCUAACUACAGUUGGGACAUAGUUAUUGAAAAAGUUGGUGAUAAAUUAUUCUUUGACAAGAGAGAUAAUACUGAAUUUGAUUUACUUACUGUCAAUGAAACAGCAGUAGAACCACCAUCAGAAGAAGCAAAUAGCUUGAAUUCGCCAAGGAACUUGGCAUUAGAAGCUACAUUUAUCAACCAUAAUUUUUCACAACAAGUAUUGAAAACUGGAGAAGCAAGAUACAAGUUUGAAGAAGCCAAUCCAUUUGUGUCAGAUGAUGAAACUGAUGGAGAAGUAGCAUCUGUUGCUUAUCGAUACCGUAAGUGGGAUUUGGAUAAUGGAAUUGUAUUGGUUGCUAGAUGUGAGCAUGACUCGGUGCUACAAGUACCAAAUGGAGAUUUGCAAUUUUUGACUAUUAAAGCACUUAAUGAAUGGGACUCAAAAUUAUCUGGUGGAGUAGAUUGGCGUCAUAAGUUAGAUGUACAACGUGGAGGAGUUUUGGCUACUGAAUUGCGAAACAAUGCUUGUAAAUUAGCCAAAUGGACGGUACAAGCUUUGCUUGCUGGUUCAGAUUACAUAAAGUUUGGAUAUGUUAGUCGUGUACAAGUGCGUGAUUCGUCAAAACAUGUUAUAUUAGGCACACAACAAUACAAACCUACUGAGUUUGCAACUCAAAUAAAUCUGAACAUGGAUAAUGCAUGGGGAAUACUACGAUGCAUCAUAGAUUUGUGUAUGAAACAAAAGGAUGGCAAAUAUCUCAUUAUGAAAGACCCGAACAAGCCACUCAUUCGUUUGUAUGACAUUCCUGAUAACACUUUUGAUUCAGACAACGACGAGAAUGAAGAUGAUGAAAGUGGUGAAAAAUCUACGAUACCAGCUGAACUUCUUCCACCAAAUCCUUAAAAGAAAUUUGAAAUUUGAUAAUAUUUUUUUUUAAAUUUCAUUAAAAAUUUAAGAUACAGUUUUAUAUUCUUUUUAGUUUAAAUAAUAUAUUAAUUUGUAAACAUAUUCAAUAUUUAUUAUGUUUAUAUAUUGCUAAAUUAUGAUUUAUAUUACAUUCAACAAUAGUUAAACAUUUAUUCAAAUAUUGAUUUUUUUUUCAAUUAAAAUAUUAAAUUAAAAAUCACUCAUUUUAGAAAAUAUUAAUUUAUUAAAUGUAUCAUUAAUAUGACAAAAUUUGAGUUAAAAGAUUAAAAAGAAAUAACUGUAAAAAAAUCUUUUGAUAUGUAGAUAGUAUCUUUAUAGAUAUGUAAUUUUAAAAUUACCAAGUAAGUAUCUAGUUGUUCCCAGUCCCAAUGUAAACUAUUGAGAAUUUUUGAGAAGCAUUUUUUAUCAUAGUUUUACAUGUUUUUAGAAAGAAGUGACACCUGCAAUGCGUGUCUUGUAGUCUCUAUUUAACAUACAACAUACCAAAUUUGCUCUCAAUAGAACCAAUUUUGUCUUAGUUUUAAUUUAAAAUAUUAUAUUGUAUUAACUAUAAUCCAACUUAAA